AUAUGAAAUUUACAAGAUUAAACUCACCUCCAAACGAAAAAUCCUGAAAAAUGAGGGACCGGAUUGUAAAAUAUUGAAUUGUGGGAAUCGGCUUUCAGGACAAAACUAACGCAACCGGGAAUUGAAGACUCGAAGGAAUCCAAAAUUAAGCAAACCACAAACCCUCUAAGAAAUGGCGGAGAACUGGCUCCAGAAAAGUGCCACAGCUUUGUUCACAACGGUCAGUAAACCUGUUUGAGUGGGAUCAGACCUUUGAGGAGGUAAAUAUUUACGUUAAUUUACCUCCUGAUGCUCACACGAAACUGUUCUACUGCAAGAUUCAGUCCAAGCAUGUCGAAGUAGGCAUCAAAGGCAACCAUCCCCCUUACCUCAAUAACCCAGGUUUUGACUUCUCUGAAGCUCAGUUUACAGGGACCUGUCCUAAUCCUAGGGCCUUUAUGGGCGGGCUCCGGUCUGAUUGAUGAUCAUGGUAUGCUGCGAUAAUGACUUUUGGUUCGUGGUUAAGAAAUAACUAUGAGGUAGACAAAUUUAAGGCUCAUCCUAACAUUUGACUCCUGAGCUAUGUCUAGAGAACAAAGUAUCUAUCUAUCAUCAAAUUGUUUUGCUUUUCUCUUUCCAGUUUCAGCUGCCUUUUAUAUCUUUAUUUUCAGUCAUGGUUUGGAUCAUUGAUUUCAAGCAUGAGUAACCAGUUGGCUUUUGAUAUAGUGUAGGUUCAUGGUUAAGAAAUAACUAUGAGGUAGACAAAUUUAAGGCUCAUCCUAACAUUUGACUCCUGAGCUAUGUCUAGAGAACAAAGUAUCUAUCUAUCAUCAACACUCCAAGCGAUAAGUGUCCUAUCUUACAUGGAUUAGUUUGCCUUUUUCUUUAUAAUUUUGCUGAUGGUAUGGAAAAUAUUAAGUGUUUAAGACCGUAGUUUGUUGCUGAAUUAGAGAUUCUGUCCCCUGUCUUGCAUUUCAAGAAUGAUGCUUUCCGAAGGAGGUUCCAUGCAUGCCUCGUUACUAAUUAAUGCCUCAGUAUUCUUGGCUGUGAAGUUUUAUGGCAGCUGAUGCCUGGUGGUUUACCAACAGUUUUGGAUAUGUAUCCAGGCCAAAUUUCAAGGAGCCUACUUUUAUUGAACCUUAAUGGGUUGUAGUUAAUGAGUUUGUGAUAGCAUUAUUUGAUACAGUAUUCUACUAUAGUGUAUAUAUGAGAUAGCUGGAUGCUUAGUUUCGGUAACUGGCAUACCUAUUUUCCUUUAAAUUCUUAAUGGCUUUCCUCAGCUUGGUGUCAAAUUUUUUAGAAUAGUUUUGCGAAUUUCACUUAUGGUGAAUGGUGAUUCCCGUCUCUGGCAAACUUCAUUUGUUAGCAUGGUGCGAUUGUACUCGAUAUUUGUGAAUAUAAUGUAGUUUCAUUGCACUAUGUCACUUGUGACCUGCAGCCGAUAUCAAUCUCUGGUAUUCCAAUAAAGAAGAGUAAAAAAGAAACGCUUUUAUAGUAUAUGAUUCCAAAGCUUUGAAAAUCUUGGCAGAUUGAGUUUUGAGCGUCCUUUGAAAGGCUGCAGUGGGGGUAGAAUUAUAUUCUUUUGCUUCUAAUUAUGAAAUUCAACUAAUUAAAAGAUAUUAAUUUAUUUACAUAUAAUUAACAUCUAAAAUGGAAUACUGAUGGGUUUGUGCAAGGCAAUAAUGCUGGGGUGGGUGGAGUCCUGAGAGACAACAAUGGGGAUUUUGUAUGCAUGUUCUCGGGCCCUGUAGUUAGCCAGGACUCCAAUUCUACUGAAUUGAAGGCCAUCAGGACUGCCCUUGAGAUUUUGGUUGAUCAUGGUUAUCCAAAUCUGGAUGGUAUUAUUGUUGAAUCGGACUCCUUAAAUGCUGUAAACUGGCUCACGAAGGACUCAGCUACACCAUGGGCCUUGUUUCAAGAGUUUAAUAAGAUUCGCAAUCUCUGUAACCUAUUGUCCCCCAUUUCUUUCAAUCAUGUAUGGAGGGAGCUAAAUUCGGUGGCGGAUGCUCUUUCUAAGCAAGGUGUAAGUAGAUCAGAUUUGUUCAUUGCUUGGUUAAGUGAGGAUGCCUAGUGGGGUGUGUGAUAACCUGCUUGCUUGUAUGGCUUCAGUAGUUCUUUAGUGGGGUUUGUUGCGAUUGGCUGUUUUGCUUUGCACUGUCUUGUCUAUUUUUGGUUUUUUGUGACUAUUUGUUAGGAUCGUUUUUGUUGGGUCCUUGGCCUCUAUCUUGACUUGUUGGUUCUUUAUUGGUUGUUUUAUAUUUUUCUCUUUAAUAAAAUCAGUCAUUUGAUAAAAAAUAAAAAAACUUAAGAAACCUUAAUCACAUAAAAAUUAGUAGUUUUUGUUUUUUUAUUUUUGGUUUAGAUAUGUAAAAAUUAGUUUUAUGGGUUGACCCUGGUCACGCAAUUCAAAACAUGUCCAUUUCGCGUCAGCACAUGUCAAAUGGAAUUCCUGGGAAUCAAGAUAACGAACACAGCCAUCUUUGUCCUCCGUGGCGCGCGUCCUUUCUCGCGACACAUACAGCCUCCCUUUCUCAAACACUCAGCCAUCUUUGUCCUGUUCAUGAGAUUUCCAUCACUCUCAUCCGUAAAUAUCCUCCUCCUCCUCGUCUCGGAAUGUUAAUAAUCUCUCAAACAUGAUUUUCUAUUCCAAGCCUCACAGGACUACACGCCCAUAUCCGCGCCAUUGCUACACUCCUCAUGGUAACUGGCUGCAAAAGCCCUUUAAAUCCGAGAGUUCUCAUUGUUGGUAACUAUUGCCACGACGUCCUGAUACGGGACGGAGAUGUACUGGCCGAGACCCUCGGCGGUGCUGCCUCUUUCAUUUCCAACGUCUUCGAUGGCCUUUCGAUACGUUGUAAUUUGAUAUCGAAGGUUGGGCAGGAUUUCAAGUACGAAACCAAGAUCAGUCAUGGGGCAAUUGUGGCACCCAGCUUCGAAACGACGGUGUUUCACGCGUAUUUUGAUCUGGGUUUGGGAGGGGAUGGAAGAGAGGAUCGGGUACUUAAACGGGUUAGCGCUUGUAAUCCUAUCACGCCGAUGGAUCUUCCCGACACGAGGUUCGAUUUCGGGAUGGCUGUUGGGAUUGGUGGGGAGAUAUUGCCUGAGACGUUAGAGAGAAUGCUUGAAAUCUGUCGCCUGGUUUUUGUCGAUAUUCAAGCGUUGAUUCGGGUUUUUGCUGAUGAUGAUGGAACUGUAAGUUUGGUGAAUUUGAAAGAGAGUGGAUUUUAUCGGCUACUACCGCGAAUUGGCGUCCUGAAAGCUUCAUCAGAGGAGGCAGUGUUUGUGGACGUCGAAGUGGUAAGGAAGUGGUGCUGCGUGGUUGUGACGAACGGGAAGGAGGGUUGUAAGGUGUAUUGGAGGGACGGCGAGUUGCAGAUUGCACCAUUUUUAGCAAAUCAGAAGGAUCCUACGGGCGCAGGGGAUAGUUUCCUUGGUGGGUUUGUGGCAGGCCUAGUUCAAGGGCUAUCGGUUCCUGAUGCUGCUUUGGUUGGGAAUUUUUUCGGCUCCCUCGGUGUUGAGCAGAUUGGACUGCCCAAGUUCGACUUAAGGAUGUUACAGAGAGUUGGAGAUGAGGUACAGAGAAGGAAGAUGCAGUGCGCCAGCUGUUGCUAUGAAAGAAGUGACGGUGAAUUGAAGUUCUCAAAGACUUUAGGACAUGAACAAUUCCACUCAUCUCUUGGUAUGGCGAAACGACUCUCUCUACGGACCGUUCAAGAACGCCGCUGCGAUCUGCCUUGUUCUCCCAAUUCAGUGGAUCAAAGUCUCCCCCCGGUAUAUACUGGGCAGCCUAAAUUGCUGCCUACCCGUUUCCAUGAAGAACCUGUUCGAACCAUUGACAAUGAGCCAUGACAAGUCAUAGGAUGUGCGGCUGCAUUGAGCAUGGAAUCGAAGUGUUAGAAAGUAAUUUAUGAACUAAAGUAAUAAAGAAGUGGUGUUUAUUAGGAUCAAUAGUGUUAAACCUCUGUUUGGUUUGUUAACUAACUAUAUACUGGCCCAGUAUGUUAUAUUAAAUAUACUAGUAUCUAAAUCAAAUCUGAUAAAUCUGUUGCACAUACUAACAUACAUGUAUUGCCCCUUUGAUAUCUCAAAAUGAGUCAUCAAAACACCCAUUUGAUUAUCA